CCCCGGCAGAGCGGGGCGGUGAGCAGACCCUCUGCUUCCAGGGAAUGGUACAUGAACGGGAACUACCUGGUGAUCCUGGUUUCCAUCACCGUUAUCCUGCCCCUGGCCCUCAUGAAGCAGCUGGGCGGGUGGUCCCGGUGCUGGUGGCACCCGCUGGCUUGGCCCCCGGCGCUCAGCCGCCCUCCUCUCGCGCAGACGGCGUACACCAUCCCCAUCAUGGCCUUCGCCUUUGUCUGCCACCCCGAGGUCCUGCCCAUCUACACUGAGCUGAAGAACCCCUCCAAGAAGAAGAUGCAGUGCGUCUCCAACAUCUCCAUCACGGUCAUGUACAUCAUGUACUUCUUGGCUGGCCUCUUUUGCUCCCUCACGUUCUACGGCCGCGUGGAGUCGGAGCUGCUGCACACGUACAACAAGGUGGACCCCUUCGAUGUGCUCAUCCUGUGCGUGCGGGUGGCCGUGCUGACGGCUGUCACCCUCACCGUCCCCAUCGUCCUCUUCCCGGUGCGCCGGGCCAUCCAGCAGAUGCUGUUCCAAGGGAAGGACUUCAGCUGGAUCCGCCACGUCACCAUCGCUGUGGUCCUGCUGACCUUCAUCAACCUCUUGGUCAUCUUUGCCCCCUCCAUCCUUGGCAUCUUUGGCAUGAUUG